UCACCUUGUGCUUCCAUGGCAAAACCAAAGCUUGACCUUCUGUCCUUUCUCUUUUUCUACACCCUCUUGCUAAGCUUCUUCCACUGCACAUUAUCACUGAUCGACGCAGAGGAUGAGCCAAGUUGGAUUACCAUGGAAACUGAAGAAGUUAACAUGGUGCAAACCCGGAGAGAUUCUUGGAAAAAAUGUGAUUUCUCUGUUGGAAAAUGGGUUUUUGAUCAAGCUUACCCUCUCUAUGAUUCCAAUUGCCCCUAUCUCAGCACUUCAGUUACUUGUCAGAAGAAUGGAAGGCCAGAUUCUGACUAUGAGAAGUGGAAAUGGAAGCCAUUUGGUUGUUCAAUCCCAAGGUUUGAUGCACUGGGAUUUCUUGGUAAAAUGAGAGGAAAGAGAAUAAUGUUGGUGGGUGAUUCCAUCAUGAGAAACCAAUGGGAGUCUCUGGUUUGCUUAAUUCAAGGAGUUAUUCCAACUAAUAGAAAAAGGGUGACCUAUAAUGGUCCUUCAAUGGCUUUCCAUGCAAUGGAUUUUGAGACAUCAAUUGAGUUCUUCUGGGCACCAUUGUUAGUAGAACUGAAGAAAGGGCCUGAAAAUAAGAGAAUCCUACAUUUGGAUUUGAUUGAAGAGAAUGCAAGGUAUUGGAGGGGAGUUGAUAUUCUUGUAUUCGAUUCAGCUCACUGGUGGACUCACUCUGGUCAAACAAGCUCGUGGGAUUAUUACAUGGAGGGAAAUAGUAUCAUCACAAACAUGAAUCCUAUGGUUGCCUAUCAAAAAGGACUCAGCACAUGGGCAAGGUGGGUGGACCUAAAUUUGGACCCUAGAAGAACCCGAGUAUUUUUUAGAAGCAUGUCACCUAGGCAUAACAGACAAAACGGUUGGAAAUGCUAUAAGCAGAGGCAGCCUUUACAAUUUUUCAGCCACAUACAUGUUCCUGAACCACUUGUAGUGCUACAAGGAGUGCUAAAAAGAAUGAGAUUUCCAGUAUAUCUUCAAGAUAUUACAACAAUGACUGCUUUCAGAAGAGAUGGACAUCCUUCAGUGUAUAGCAAGGCUAUAAAUGAAGAGAGGCAGAAAGCAGGUAUUGGUCUUUCCUCUGAUUGCAGCCAUUGGUGCCUUCCUGGGGUGCCAGACAUUUGGAAUGAGAUGCUGAGUGCGUUGCUCUAA